AUGGAUCACAGCGGAAUGGAUCAUGGCGGACAUAGUGGUGGUAUGCCGAUGGAUAUGUGUAGCAUGAGUAUGCUCUUCACGUGGAACACCAAGAACCUCUGCUUGAUCUUCAAAUGGUGGCACAUCCGCUCAACCCCUGGCCUUAUCUUUUCCCUCCUCGCAGUCGUCGCCCUCACAGCAGCUUACGAAGCACUCCGUUCCCUGUCCCGAAGAUACGAAAGAGCCGUCGAAAAGAGAGUAGAAUCUACACCCAGUAUGUCUUCACGCUCCCUCCAACUCCUCCAUAUCUCCUUAUACCUUCCUGCUCUGUUGCAGUGGCAGCAAUUCUUCUUUAUGAAGUAG